AAGAAACGCUGGUUUAUCCUGCGGAGUGGACGGAUGAGUGGUGACCCAGAUGUUCUGGAAUACUACAAGAAUGAUCACUCCAAGAAGCCCCUGCGGAUCAUCAAUCUAAACUUCUGUGAGCAGGUGGAUGCAGGCCUCACCUUCAACAAGAAGGAGCUGCAAGAUAGUUUUGUGUUUGACAUCAAGACCAGUGAGCGUACUUUUUACCUGGUGGCUGAGACGGAAGAGGACAUGAAUAAGUGGGUCCAGAGCAUCUGUCAGAUUUGUGGCUUCAACCAGGCUGAGGAGAGCACAGACUCCUUGAGGAACAUUUCUUCAGCAGCAAGCCAUGGCCCCCGUUCUUCUCCAGCGGAGUUUAGCAGCUCCAACCAGCACCUUCUCCGAGAACGAAAAUCCUCAGCUCCUUCACACUCCAGCCAGCCAACCUUGUUCACAUUUGAGCCCCCUGUGUCAAAUCACAUGCAGCCGACCUUGUCCACCAGUGCACCUCAGGAGUAUCUCUACCUGCACCAGUGCAUAAGCCGGAGAGCAGAAAACACAAGGAGUGCCAGCUUCUCUCAGGGCACCAGGGCUUCCUUUCUCGUGAGGAGUGACACAGCUGUACAGAAACUUGCCCAGGGAAACGGGCAUUGUGUCAACGGUGUCGGUGGUCAAGUCCAUGGCUUCUAUAGCCUCCCCAAGCCUAGCCGGCACAAUGCAGAGUUCAGAGACAGUACCUACGACCUCCCCCGGAGCCUGGCCUCUUACGGCCCCACCAAGGGCAGCCUCACAGGCUCUGAGACAGACAACGAGGAAGUGUACACCUUCAAGACACCCAGCAACACCCUGUGCCGGGAGUUUGGGGACCUCCUGGUGGACAAUAUGGAUGUUCCAGCCACUCCACUCUCAGCCUACCAGAUCCCUCGGACAUUCACGCUGGACAAGAACCACAAUGCCAUGGCAGUGGCCACGCCUGGAGAUUCAGCCAUAGCUCCUCCACCCCGGCCCCCUAAACCAAGUCAGGUGGAAACACCUCGGUGGGGUAGCCCUCAGCAGAGACCACCAAUCAGUGAAAACAGUAGAUCAGUCUCUGUUGCUGCCACCAUCCCCAGACGCAAUACCCUUCCUGCAAUGGACAAUAGUCGACUUCACCGAGCUUCUUCCUGUGAGACCUAUGAGUACCCUCAGCGUGGUGGAGAGAGUGCAGGCCGGUCUGCUGAGUCCAUGGGUGAUGGAGUCAGUUCUUUCCUGCCAGGAAAAAUGCUUGUGGGCCGAUCAGAUAGUGCCAGCUCUGAAGACAACUAUGUGCCCAUGAACCCAGGCUCCUCCCCCAUGGUGGCCAUGGAGCGGGCAAGUGAUAAUGCCCAGAGCGUCUACAUCCCCAUGAGCCCCGGGCCCCAUCACUUCGACUCGCUCGGCUACUCCUCCACAGCCCUUACUAUGCACCGAGGCCCCAGUCGAGGAGCUGAGAUCCUGCCGCCCCCUGUCAACCGCAACCUCAAACCAGACCGAAAAGCAAAACCAACACCACUUGACCUGAGAAACAACACUGUCAUCGACGAGCUCCCCUUCAAAUCGCCUGUCACCAAGUCCUGGGCUCGGGCCCUCCAUACCUUCAACUCGAGCUCCUCUCAGUUGAACACCCACACCCGUCCCAUCUCCACACAAAGCAUCACCAGCACAGACUCGGGGGACAGUGAGGAGAACUACGUCCCUAUGCAAAACCCAGUGUCUGCAUCUCCUGUUCCCAGUGGCACCAACAGCCCAGCGCCCAAGAAGAGCACUGGCAGUGUCGAUUAUCUGGCCCUGGACUUCCAGCCAAACUCUCCAAGCCCCCACCGCAAGCCAUCCACGUCAUCCGUCACUUCUGAUGAGAAGGUGGACUACGUUCAAGUGGACAAGGAGAAGACCCAGGCCUUGCAGAACACUAUGCAGGAGUGGACUGAUGUGCGGCAGUCCUCAGAGCCUUCCAAGGGUGCCAAGCUGUGA